GAUCUGAGCUCUUCGCUCCACCCAGAGGCACCGGAAGCGGACACCGACAUCGCUACUCCAACUCCGACUUCGACUCCCAAGCCACAGGCGCUUCUAGCCAAGGCUGGAUCCGCGUUGACAAUGACGAAUGCAUCGUCCGGCCCACGCCGAAUGUGGAAUUAUGCCUGCAGUGCUGUGAAGGCCGUGUCCACCUCAGUUUCCCAUGCUCGCUCUGCUUCCCGCCGUCCUGCCAAAAUCCACGACUUCUGCGGGGUGGUCAGUUGA